AUGCCGCAGAACAAUGCUCUCGAGUCUCUCAACGAGCGUGCCGAUCCUGAUGCGCAGACAACAGUCACAGACUAUCUCGACUUCACCGAGUACCUUCCUGCAGACGUAAACCGCAGCUUGACCCUCAUCGGCAAACUCGACCAGACCUAUAUCGACGCUUCAGCACUCGUCCAUGAGCUUACCUCGACAUGGGGCAAGCUCCCUACCCUACCAGCCGACCAACGACCUGUUCCCGUCCAGCUGAGGGCUGAUAUAUCGGACAAUCUCAGUCAGGCUGUCAACGCACGUAUAUCGAGCCAUGCCGAGGCCCGACGCAUGGCAGAAUAUGUGAACAGGCAUGUGAAUAGGGCCAAGACGAUCUUAGCCAAGCUUCAACACAUGCGGGACAACUACCCGACAGAGGAGCAGAAGAGUCCGGUCCAGACACGCUCUCCACAGAUGAGCAGGACUGCCAAGCCCGCACCACGUCUGGACAAGGAUGGCAACAAAAUCCGCGGGCCGCCUAGAAUCACAGUUCCUGGGGAGGUGCUCGCCCCAUACGAAAUUGACAUCAACCCAUAUAGCUCGUCCAGUGAGUCGAGCUCCGAAGAAGAGGCUUCCCCUUCGCCCAUAAAUACUCCUGCGCCUCGAAUCAAGCUCGUCAAGGGUUCCAAGUUCCCCAAGCAGAAGAUUCCCAAGCAGCCCCGUGCAGCGCGACAACAACUCAACGAUGGACUGCCCAUUCCGUCUACCAGUUCCGCGCUCGCGAAACUUAGACCGCCACCACCCGAUGCCCCCUUGGGCGGCCCCGAUCGACCAUGGCUCCAGCUCACGCCCUGGGAGCUUGCAAAGCUUAGAAAGCGAAUGAAGAAGAACGCGGUGUGGAACCCUAGCGAGACCAUGGUUGCUCGGGAGCUGAAGCAACUGGGUCGCGGUCACGACGCCCUGAAAGCUGCCAAGCAGGAGGCCGAGGAUGCGGGGAGGCCUUUCGAGUAUGCCCCUCCGGCACCAGUUACAGAUGCUGUGUCUGGUAUCCAGCAUCAACCUAUCGGUGCUCUCUCGCUCGAAGCUCUUGGCGACGAGGAAGUGAAGCUUAGUAACCGAGGCAUGAAGCUCAACGAAGCAAAGAAACUCAAGCGCGAGCAGAUGGCAAAGCAGGCAGUCGAGGAGGCAGAAGAAUCCGCUAGAAGGAUGAAAGCACAGGCUAUGAGCUUUUGGAGCACCCAAGAGGGAAGUCCUUCUGUCUCUGGGAGUGUGGCAGAAACAGCAGUAGCAGCAGGGGUAACCGCCCAGCCUGCACUUCAACCAACCUCACAAUCCAAAGUCGCUAGCAAGCCGAAGGCCAAAAAGAGGAAACGCGAAUCUACGUCUGAGGGCAAUGCGCCUGAAGAGAAGACCGAGAGUACAGAAAAUGGGACACCCGCACCAGCACCAGCACACCCAACUAACCCACAAAUCAAGCGGACCAAGACGGAAACUCCUAUUCCUCCACCGCAAUUCACACCACGACCAACAUCGGUUCCACCUGCGGCCGUCACGCCAGUGCCGCCGCCGCAGAUUGGUCAAAAUGCUGCUGUCCAGGUCACUUCUGCCACGCCCGUGCCUUUGCCAGCGCCGCCUCGCUCAGAGACACCGGUUGUGGCCGAGAAGCCAGCUCCUACGCCUUCAGCGGGCACAAGUCCUGUUCCCCUUCCACCGCCAGCAAUCACAACUACCACCACAGUUCCCACUAAACCUCCUGCAGAGACAAAAUCAGUGCCAACUCCUAAGACAUCCACUACUCCUAUCCUCCCGCCCACUAACAGUUUUGGCAAGAGAGAAACCAGGAAAGAUGCGCAGAAGAACUUGCAACCUGUUGCAACUAAUACGAAACAGCCCAACACAUCUAGGCAGAACACUCCUGUCACCACACCUGGCCCGGAACAACCCACUAUGACCAUGAACCUGCGUCGACCAGCAUCUCGUGGCAAAGCAAACAGUGUCGAACCAGCGGCACCCACUCUUGCGGUUGAUAGACCUCGACGCACUAGUACCGCUCGAAAUACACCAGCCCCUGAAAUUCGCCAGCCCAGUAAACGUGUCAAGCGUCCUGCACCAGGCGUUGUCAACAAGACCUCGGGUGGCACGAGUGCGGUCGGCAAACGGACAGCAGCUCCUCGAAAGAAGCAGAAAACCAAGAAGGGGCCUCAAGCUGAACAGGAGGUUGAGGUCGAAGUAGAUGACGAGGGCAACGUCAUCGAUCCAGACGAAGCCAGAUACUGCGUCUGUAACGGGGUCAGUUUUGGCACUAUGAUCCAAUGCGACAAUGUUGAUAACUGCAAACAAGAAUGGUUCCACCUCGAGUGUGUUGGUCUCACAGAGAUCCCGGCUCGCACGACGAAGUGGUAUUGCCCUGACUGUCGGGUGCUGUUAAAUAUUGGAGGACGUGGUGAGGUGACAAGUCGUGGAGUCAAGCUAUGA